GCUGCGAGUGCUGAGCGGCGCUGGGAGAUGCUAGAGGGCGCCGCGUCGCCGGCACCAUGCGCCCCCCGCCCACGCUGGCCCUGGCCGCGCUCUGCCUCCUGGCGCUGCCCGCCGUCGCCGCUGCCGCCGCCUACUUCGGCCUGACUGGGCGGGAGGUCCUGACGCCCUUCCCAGGCCUGGGCACUGAGGCAGCCCCAGCACAGAGCGGCAUCCACUUGAAGCAGUGCGACCUGCUGAAGCUGUCCCGAAGACAGAAGCAGCUCUGCCGGAGGGAGCCCGGCCUGGCUGAGACCCUGCGGGACGCGGCCCACCUUGGCCUGCUGGAAUGUCAGUUCCAGUUCCGGCAUGAGCGCUGGAACUGCAGCCUGGAGGGGAGGACCGGCCUGCUCAAGAGAGGUUUCAAGGAGACGGCCUUCCUGUACGCGGUGUCCUCGGCCGCCCUCACCCAUGCACUGGCCCGAGCGUGCAGUGCUGGGCGCAUGGAGCGCUGCACCUGUGACGACUCCCCUGGCCUGGAGAGCCGGCAGGCCUGGCAGUGGGGUGUGUGUGGUGACAAUCUCAAGUACAGCACCAAGUUCCUGAGUAACUUCCUGGGGCCCAAGAGAGGAAGCAAGGACCUGAGGGCACGGGCUGAUGCCCACAACACCCACGUGGGCAUCAAGGCCGUGAAGAGUGGCCUCAGGACCACCUGUAAGUGCCACGGCGUGUCGGGCUCCUGUGCCGUGCGCACCUGCUGGAAGCAGCUCUCACCAUUUCGUGAGACGGGCCAGGUGCUGAAGCUGCGCUACGACUCGGCCGUCAAGGUGUCCAGCGCUACCAAUGAGGCCUUGGGCCGUCUGGAGCUGUGGGCACCUGCCAAGCCAGGCAGCCCCACCAAGGGCCUGGCACCCCGGCCCGGGGACCUGGUGUACAUGGAGGACUCCCCCAGCUUCUGCAGGCCCAGCAAGUACUCGCCGGGCACAGCGGGAAGGGUGUGCUCCCGGGAGGCCAGCUGUGGCAGCCUGUGCUGCGGGCGCGGCUAUGACACCCAGAGCCGACUGGUGGCUUUCUCCUGCCACUGCCAGGUACAGUGGUGCUGCUAUGUGGAGUGCCAGCAGUGUGCGCAGCAGGAGCUCGUGUACACCUGUAAGCGCUAGGC